UGUUCUAGGAACUCCAGGAUGGUUCGUGCUAAGAGUUGGACCCUGAAGAAGCACUUCGAAGGCAGCCCUACCAAUAGUAACUUUGAAUUGAAGACGGUUGAACUCCCACCCUUAAAAGAUGGAGAGGUGCUGCUGGAAGCCUUGUUUCUCACUGUGGAUCCUUACAUGAGAGUGGCAUCCAAAAACUUGAAGGAGGGUGACCCGAUGAUGGGACAGCAAGUGGCCAGAGUCCUGGAAAGCAAGAACUCCACCUUUCCAACUGGCACUACUGUUGUGGCUUUUUCCGGCUGGACAAGUCACUCCAUUUCUGAUGGGAAAAAUCUGAGAAAAGUGCCCGCACACUGGCCAGACAAGUUGCCACUCUCGCUGACCCUGGGCACAGUGGGCAUGACAGGCCUCACAGCUUACUUUGGCCUCCUUGACAUAUGUGGUGCCAAGAGUGGACAGACGGUGUUGGUGAAUGCGGCUGCGGGAGCAGUGGGCUCCGUUGUGGGACAAAUAGCAAAACUCAAGGGUUGCAAGGUCGUUGGAGCAGCAGGAUCUGAUGAAAAGGUUGCCUAUCUUAAAAAGCUUGGAUUUGAUGUUGCCUUUAACUAUAAGACAGUAGGAUCUUUGGAAGAAACUUUGAAAAAGGCCUCGCCUGAUGGUUAUGAUUGUUAUUUUGACAAUGUAGGUGGAGAGUUUUCAAAUGUUGUCAUUCCCCAGAUGAAGGAAUUUGGAAGAAUUGCUAUAUGCGGGGCCAUCUCUACAUAUAAUCUCACCAGUCAGCUUCCUCCAGGCCCACCCCCAGAGGUCAUUAUCUAUCGGCAGCUCCGCAUGGAAGGGUUCAUCGUCUCUCGCUGGCAAGGAGAGGUCCGCGAGAAGGCUCUGCAAGACCUGCUGACGUGGGUCUCGGAGGGUAAAAUCCAGUACCAUGAAUAUGUCACUGAAGGAUUUGAAAACAUGCCAACUGCAUUCAUGGGAAUGCUGAAGGGAGAUAAUACAGGGAAAACCAUUGUGAAAGUAUGAGAAAAUAAUACUUGAGAUCUAGAGAGCAUUUGAGAUCUUUUGUUUUUCUUUUUAACUUUUUUGAAAAAUGUCUACUGUUUCAUUAUGUAAGAAAUAGUCAUUGUAAUCAAAUUGAUAUUCCAAUAAAAUGUUUAUUUUAAAAUGUUUAUUUUGAAACAUGUGGUGAUCAGAUCAAAUGGAAAUUUAGUUGCAUGCAAGACAAGCAUAUGACCUCUUAACCCUCAAACAAUCUCUCUGGCCCCAAUAAAAUAUAUUUAAAUGGUCUGUAAUUAGCAAGGGAGAAUAAAAAUUUCAUAGUAAACAAUCGUAAGGCAUUAUCUCAGUGCCCACUUAGAACUCCCUGCGGGUUAUAGUAGGAAAUAACGGGGCUUUAGAAUCCGAAUUUUACUGCCACGGUAAAACUGGACUUCUGUCAUUUUUGUCAUUAAAAAUAAAUUAAGUUUGACAGAUUCAGCUUUCCAUGGCAUGGGGAGGGGGUGUGGAGGGCUGGGGAAACCCUGAGACAGUGGUAGAGGGUGUGAGUUUCGAAUGUUUUCUGCAUGAAACCCUUACAUUAACAGUAUUGUUGAUCACAAAGAAGGGAAAGAGGAAAUAAUAAAAGCAGCAUUGCGCCAAGAAUGAUACUUGGAGAUGAUAUUUUGAAAUGAUACUUUAAAAGACAGACAUUAUCUGUCUUUUAAAGUUCAAAGGCAAAAGGAAGUGAAUGUCCAAUUAACCUUCUGGGAGGCCCCCCAGUUAGCCUGCUUCUCUUGUGGACUCAAGCUUUCAACCCUGGACUGGGAGGUGGCAAUACUGAUCCAGUUUAAACUUUGGACUUUCCCUGUCCCUUGGGGAAAAAAAUUUGACUGUGUGUGGGAAGAAUGAAAAGACAUGGGGAUUGGAAGGAAAGUAACAACAAGUCUCACAAUGGAGACGUUACU